AUGUCAGCUACGCGACUAUUCAACUACUCCCAUUUUUUAUCAGGAUUUAACUACACAAUUGAAUUCAAGAGAACUGGUGACCAUGGCAAUGCAGAUUUCCUCUCAAGAUUUCCUGUGGAAGAUUCAAAAUUUACAAGUAUUGACCAGUUUGGACAUUUUCAAACAAACCAAUUGAACACCAUAACUAUCAAUCCCAAAGAACUAGCCGAAGAAACUAAGAAGGACGCAUAUCUAAAACAAAUUCUUGAGGCUCUUGAGGAGGGUCAAUCAUUAGAGCCAUUGGGAUUUCACGAUAAUGAAGUUACAUUACAUGAAGGAUGCCUCUUCAAAGGGUGGAAAGUAAUCAUCCCAAAUUCCCUCAAGAAAAGAAUUCUCAAUGAACUACACUACGGGCACAUUGGUAUAGUAAAAACCAAAGCUUUGGCAAGAAGUUACUGCUUUUGGAGAGGAAUGGAUAAAGACAUUGAAAACAUGAUUGCUGUUUGCAAGCCUUGUCGUGAGAAACAAAAUUCUCCAACGAAAGAGAUCAACCAUCCUUGGGAACCAGCAUCUCAGCCAUGGGAGAGAAUACAUAUAGAUUUCAUGGGCCCAACAAAUGAACAACAAUUUUUCAUUGUUGUUGAUGCCUUCUCCAAAUGGGUAGAGGUAAUACCCACAAAAACAGCAACUACCGAUUGGACUAUUAAGGAGUUGAAGAAACUUUUUAGUACUUUUGGUCUUCCAAGCCUCCUAAUUUCAGACAAUGGACGAAGUUUCACUUCUCUUACUUUUCAAGAGUUUCUUAAGUCAUGUAGAACUCAACACAAAACGACUGCUCCGUUCCACCCAUCAUCUAAUGGACAAGCUGAACGCUUUGUACAAACAGUGAAGAAGAUGUUGAAGUCGAUAUUAGAUGAACCAGGAACACUUGACAGUAAAAUUCACAAGGCGUUAAUUCAACUCCGUCAAGUACCAAACUCAACAGGAAACUCGGCAUACUAUCUCAUGUUCAACAGACAAGUAAGAACAUACCUCAGUGUUAUGAUACCUUCUAGAAUCGAGGACUCAAAAGACAAACCUAAAGGUAUAACACGCAUAUUUAAGGUGGGAGACCGUGUUCAAGUGAGAAACUACUACAAGGGUCAGACAAAAUGGAGUUUCGGAAAAGUUACAUCAAGAGAUGGAAAUCUACAUUACAACGUUGAACUGGAGAACGGAGUAACAUGCAGACGACAUGUAGAUCAAAUGCUGCGAUCAAGACUUUAA